UAUUGAUGCAUGUCAAAAUGCAGAGCAAGAUACACACACUAUACCUGUCUUCAUAGAAACAUCAACAUUUAAACAGUACUGUGAACUGUUGUCUUGAAAAUAGAAUAGUACAUUUUUUUUUAAAAAGAAAAACAUUUCCAACUUGUCGUUAUUGACCUAAAUUUUGCAAUUUAAUGUUCAGUUCACCACCACUCACUGUUUAGUGAAUAAUCCUCUCUCUGCCCCCCUCAGCAGAAGCAGAGCGGGUCAAAUAUUAUCCUAAUCUGCUUCUGCUUUACAUUCUGAGAGCUUCCACUCUCUGCAGGGUGCCACGAUUUUACCAUAUCCAUAAGUCCCUAUUACAAGCAACCAGCUGCCAGGAGUACAAAGCACAAGCUGCACCUCUCGGGUGCUUUUCUGUGGAUAGUGAUUAGUCUCCUACAUUAAAAAAAAAAAAAAAAGUAUUGUUUUCUUUCAGUGGCUUCUGUAUUUGUUAAAACACAGUCUUUAGCCUUAAAAAACUUGUUCUUGUUCUUAAUUCAGUGUACAGCUGUACAAAUGCAUAUUAUCAAGCAGAACAUGUAUAUUAGGUUGAAUGAAAACUUAAUUUUUAUAUAUAUAUAUAUAUAUAUAUAUAUAUAUAUAAAACACAUUUAAAAUAUUUUUUCUUUCACACAAUGUGUUCCCAUAUUUGAGAAUUAAUGGAUACUUCUCUGACACAGUAUUGCAUAUUGAAAUGAUUUUAGUUUUACAUAUCCUUAAGGAUUCAAAUGCAAAUCAUUAUGUCUCAAAGCAAUAUGUAAUAUUACAUUUUAUGCAGUAAUAAUAUAUUUUAAGUCUUUAGUGUUUAAUUACAAUAUGGUAGUACUGUGCAUUUUCCUAGGCUCCACAUUGCUCCCUACCUUUCUUAAAGGGACACUAUAUAGUCACCUGAACAACUUCAGCUUAAUCAGGUUGUUCAGGUGAGAACUAAAGCUCCCUGCCGCCUUUCUCAUGUAAAUACUGUAUUUUCUGGGAAAAUACAGUGUUUACUUUGAAAGCUAGGAACACCUUCAGUUGCAGUCACUGCCCCUGAUCUGCCUCCUUGUCAGUCUCUGCCCCUGAUCUGCCUCCUUGUCAGUCUCAGCCCAUCCUAUGGGGAAGCACUGUGAUUGGAUCAGGCUACCACAUGUCAGCAGACUGCUUUUUCUUUCCUGAGUCUAACAGCAUGCAGAUUUACAGCUUUACUGGCUUGAAUACAGUAAGAUUUUUACUAUAUUUAUGGAGGCAUUAGGGGCCCAGGGGGGCUAGAUGGUUGUGUUAGCACUAUAGGGCCUGGAAUACAUGUAGUUGCACUAGUGACUAUAGUGUCCCUCUUGUGUCAGGGCUUAAUAUCUUCUCACUAAAUAUUUCUCAGUAAGCUUCUUUCAUUAAAAAUAAAAACAUGACCGUAUUGCUCCCAAGUCUAGACUGAAGUAAUAUUUAUUGCACAGAGAAAAUAAAGCUCCUCUCACCCUCACGCAAAAGUAAAACACGCAAAUAAUAGCCAUUGUUAAUCAGUAACAUAACUUUCCUUGCUGCGGUUGCAUGUAUUUCCUACCCAUCUUUAUUCCUCCUCCUCCCACCAUUCUUCCUCUCCCCCACUUUUUUUCCUGUCCUGUUUUCACCUUCUGGUUUCUACUGCUUUACUUUUUACACCCAGUAUUCUUUGAAAAUCAUGUCCUGGCCUUUUCUCCACCAUCCUCAUUUGUCAUUCCCUCCACCCACAGCACCGUGACCUUACUUCUGUUCUCCAAAUUCAAACAUAGUUACAUCUCCCAGCCCAAGUCCAUGUUCCUCUAGUUAUUCUCGUGUCUUUGCUUCAUUACAUUUAAGUGAAUGUUUGCUUGAGAUUCACAGAGCAGACUAGAGCAUAAAGAUAACGUGGAAUUUGUGGUUGUAUUUAUUUAGAUUUAUUACAUAUCACUUGUCUUGAGAUGCACAAUUUCCAAUUCUGUGCAAGUAUAUCUUGUGCUAAAUGGACAGUCUGUUCUGGAGAUAUUAACCAAAAUUUCAGUUUACUGAACUGAUAUAUCUUGUUGUGUUCAGUCAGAGAAAGCCGUGAGUUAGAAAUAUGAGUAAAGGGCAAAGGAUUACAUAAUGCAUGUUUUUGCUUACCACCUAAAAUGGACACUCCUAUCAUCUAAAGAAUGCAUUUGCCUUUGUUGGAAAACAUAUAUUAUUUUUUUUUCCCAAGAUGCAUUUCUUGAUCAUGAAAUUCAAAAAUAAUUUGCUCUUUAGCUCCUCACCCUUGUAUGCCUUUUUGAUAGGAAGUGGCACACGGUAGGAAAUGUACAGCUUGCUCUAUGUUUUCCAGAAACCUCAUCUGCACUAGUUUCUUGGAAGUACAUCUCUCCCUUGGGUUUUUUUAUGGCAGAAUGUACAGCAAUAUUACAAAAAGUGCACAAUUAGAAGUAAUUAAAAUGAGUGCUCAAAACACCUUGAGUAUUAUCCCCUAAACCACCUCUAAACAAUAUACAAAUAAUACAUACAUAAGGUGGAGCUGAAAGUAUAAAAUCUGGUAUAAAUAUGUAAAAAUAAAAAAAUGACAGAAAAAUAGUGCAAUAUUGCCAGAACAGGUUAUGUUUUGGUCAAUAGGGUUAGGAGUAUCACUCACAAGUAGGGAGCCAUUCACAUCAUAUGGCUCGGAUGGUAAACGUAGAUGGACACUUUUAGGAUGUCCAGCUCCCUUUUCUCCCUGGUCCUCUGUAUGCCUCGACGCUUUCUGUCUCUCAGGAAGUGACGUCUAUGUACUUCUCUUGUUUGCUCUCUAGGCGGGAGGUUCCAUUUUCGUUCUGUGGACGCAACAUGUCUUGCAUUCCACGUGCUUAGAAAUAUUGCAAUCAUGGAGUGGAAGUGUAUAAAGAGUUCCAAUUUAUAAAAACACAUAUAAAACAAAUAUAAAUAUCUAAAACAAAAGAGUGUAAUGUUAGAAAACUUAUUCAGAAAUGUAAUGUAAAAAUAGAUAUCUUAAAAAUAUAUAUACCGUAUAUACUCGAGUAUAAGUCGACCCGAAUAUAAGCAGACGCCCCCAAUUUUACCACAAAAACCUGGGAAAACUUAUUGACUCGAGUAUAAGCCUAGGGUGGGAAAUGCAGCAGCUACUGGUAAAUUUCUAAAUAAAAUUAGAUCCCAAUAAAAUUACAUUAAUUGAAUAUUUAUUUAGAGUGUGUGUAUAUAAUGAAUGCAGUGUGUGUGUGUGUGUGUAGAGUGUGUGUAUAUAAUAAAUGCAGUGUGUGUGUGUAUAAUGAAUUCAGUGUGUGUGUGUAAACUGGGUGAGGGGGGGCAUUUUUAUUUACAUUUUUAAAUUUUAAUAUUAUUAUUAUAUUUUAAUAUUAUUUUAUUUUAAUAUUUGUAUUUUUUUAUUGAAUUGUUUUUUUUGUGAAUCCCUGGUGGUCCAGUGGCGGGGCCGGAGCAAGCUGUUACUUACCUUUACAGCAGCUCCGGUCAGCUCCCUUCACCUCCGUGCAGCUCCCCUGUCAGCUCCGUUCUGCUCACAGUGUAAGUCUCGCGGCACGGACACCGCGAGACUUACACUGUGAGCAGAACAGAGCUGACAGGGAGCUGCAUGGAGGUGAAGGGAGUUGCUGUAAAGGUAAGUAACAGCUCGCUGCCAGCCCCCAACAGGAGCGCCGGGCUUGUAAUGAGCCCGGCGGUCCUGGUCUGUAUUAUGGCAAUGUAAGUUGCCAUAAUACAGACACUCGUUCAAGUAUAAGCCGAGUGGGGGUUUUUCAGCACAAAAAAAUGUGCCGAAAAACUCUGCUUAUACUAGAGUAUAUACGGUAAUACAAAUUGUUGCAAUCCAAAUAAUAGGGGCACAUCAAGUAUACUAAAUAUAUGUAUUUAAAACGUAUAUAUUUAAAACAAGGAGAGUAGUGUUUAAACACAAAGUAGAUAAUCCAAAAAAUAUUUGCAGGAGUGGCUAUAAACAGUGUUCUGGCAAUAUUGCAGAAUGUACAGCAAGCUAUGUGUACACACCUAGACUGCCUGGUGUCUUCUCUUUUAUGGGAAAAAAAAAUUAGAGCACUCGCACAAGUGAAUGAAAGCUCCUGUCAGAUUCCAUUCACUCGCAUGAGUGCUUCUCAUUCAGUAUUUAUUUAUUUAUUUAUUAAUUUAGAUCCAUGUUACAGCAGACGCUGUCCUUAAUGUUGCUUUACGUGUCUUAUAAUGCCCUGUAAACUAAACUUUGGGUGGCCUCGAAGUAGUGAGAGAGAGAUCAGUCAUUUCCCUGUCUCUACAGAUUAUUGAACAUAUUGCUGUCUCUAUUUUGACUUAUAUAGGUGUAAAGGACAGUGCUUAUAACCAUGACUGAUAGGGAGUAAGAUGAAGGUGUGGAGUUCUGCAUUUAAUUUUCACACUAUGCAUUUUUUUUUUUUGAAUAUAGGGAUAAGAAAAUGUAAUAUUUAAAUAUUCUGGGAAAACAUGGUUCCUGUUUUAACAUUGUAAAAUAUUUCUCCUCCAGAGCUCUAUGUCAAAGAAUGUACUGACUCCUAUGACAAUUCCCAUCACAAAAUCAUCUGGGUCACGAUUUCGCAAUAGCGUGGAAGGACUGAAUCAGGAGAUUGAGAUUAUCAUCAAGGAAACUGGAGAAAAAGAAGAUCAGCUAAUGGUAAGUGUACAUUUACUAUCCAUUCCGGAUUCAUAUCUAGAUUCUUGCUGAAUUUUGCUUACCAUUAGUUGGGUUCUAUAUCCACUUUUCUCAGCCGCACAUGAGAUCAAGAAGCAUUUUUUUUUAUAUCACCCUCCAUACUAUGGGUUUACAUAGGAGGGUGGGUUGCUCCACUAUUCAUCUUGAAGCAUAUAUCCUUGUGGUUUCCCAGCAUGGAGAAUGGUCAGGCCUUCCUGAUGUCAAUGGGAACAUUUCAGUGGGUUUCCUGCAUCUGCUCCCUAAGGUAAGGUUUUUUUUAUUUUGUUUUGUUUUUGUUUUGAUUUAGUUUGGAGCACGAAGUACUGUAUGAUUUAAAAAAUGUUUCUUAAUAUCUCUAACAUUUAGAUCAUUGUGUUGUGUUUUGGAGAUUUGUGUGUUUUUUGUUUUGCGUUUUCUUUUCAAAAUGAUAUAAUGCUUAAAGGGAAUCUGUUGUGUAUUAAUAUAUAUAUAUAAAUACAUGGUGCAUGAAGUUUAGUGUGGUUCAGUGUUGUAAAUAAAUCAUAUUUUAUACCUCUUAAGUCCCUGCUUAUUUAUUUGUACUCAUUUACCAUGGAAGUGAGCUAUUAAUCCUUUUGGACAACUCUUUGGUGCUGUCACAAUAAAAAGGGACACAAUUUAAAUGUAAUUUACUCUAGUGUUUUGCUUUGCAUGGCCUCUUCAUGUGAAAAGGAGACAGGGAUAUGAGUAAUAUCAUAUUCCACCUCUCUUACCUCUCCUACAGCAACUGGAAUUUGAUGUAGCCUAAAGCACCUGGAAUACAUUCCUCGUCCAUGAUCAAUAACCUAAGUGAACACAUGGGAGGCUGGGGGAAGAUGGAGAGGCAUGUGAGGAGCAGUGGUUUGCACAGAGGCAGCAUUGGUGUUGGGACACAAGUGUAGAUGAUGGUGCAGCUAAGAGAGGAGAUAGGUGCGAACAAGGUGGGAAUGGAACACAAAUUAAAGAGUGGGAGAGACACAGUAGCCAAGGAAGACCUAAUUGGGUAAGAGAAAGUGGGUGAAAGGUGGGGCACAGAGGAACAAGUAGGGGGAAGACACAUACGAUAAGGGGAAGGAGACAUGCAGUGUGUUAGGGCAAGAAAGGCAUAACGUGAGAGAAGAUGAAGAGGUACUCAUGGAUGAAGAAGGAAACCGUGGUUUGGGAGGUAAAAUAGAUAGUCACACCUGAGAAGGAGACACUAAUGAAGAGUGGAAGAUCAGGGAAAAAGAGACAGACAGAUAGAGAUUAGGUUAUGGAGACGUAAAUGGGGGAGAAAAACAGGAGAUAAGAAGCAGUUUGACAAAAACCAGCGGAACUGCAAACAUAGCCUUCUUGAGCAGAUAAGUUCACAAUGGGUGCCAAGUAUAAUUGGUAGUUAACUGAUGGUCAGUGAAAUCUAAAUUAAAAAUGUGUUCAACUUUAUUAUUUACAGUUAUGUAUGUUUAUAUUUUUAAUGAUGGAUUCCCUUUUAGCAAAGGUCGCCUUCUUUAACAUCUCAUUAGGUAUGCUGUGAUUUAAAACUGAUUUUUUUUUUCUAACCUUCUGCACUGCUGUUGACUUUAUUCUUCCACAAUUUUUGUUAUUGUGACACAUUUUCUGUUCCUGGUUAACUUGAUUUUUCCCAUUAUUUAUUCAUUAAUAUAUUUAUUUGGCAUUGCAAUCUGAUUCCUUUGUGUACAGCAAUCGUAGGAUCUACAUACCUCGUAAUUAGACACAUAGUAUCUCCUACGCAGACUCGUGCCAUAAAUAAACAAUUUUGAACAACUAGGAUAUAGCUAUGUUGUAUUUUAUCAUUUCAUUAUUUUCAAUGCCUAUGUUAUUAAAUUAAAAUGUAUUUACAACUAUUGCUUUCUAAUACUGCAAAUACACAUUUUGUGUAUAGGAAUUGUACACUAAGUCCUUUUGGACUACAGUAUUAUGUAAUCCUUAUUUUGAUCUCUGCAGAAUAAUAGGCAACCAAUAUAAAAUGAAAACAUAUAAGGUAUUAAGUAGACUUCAACAGGCACAAUUAUAAUAAAGAUUUUAUGUCACCAUAAAAUCUUAAAUACUAGUCACAGAAUUUGAAUAAGUAUAAAAAAAUAUAAAGGUAAAAUAGUCCCAAAUCUUAACACCCCAAAAAUAAAACAUUUACACAGUAACGUGAGAAUAGUUGGAAAUUCACGUUGCUUUUCAAAUUUAAAGCCAAAGUAGCUGAUUGGAAGCAUAGUUGGCCUGGAGAAUUUUUCCAAAUCGACUAUUAUUACCUUACAUUUAAAUUAACUUUGAAUUCCCACUAAUUCUAAAUUUAUUGAAUAGCCCUGCAAGUGUAGUUGACUACAAACUUUGGUUAUAUAUAUUUUUAUUUUUUUUAUUUUAAAUUCUUUAUAUUUGUUGUGCAUGUUAAUAGCAAAGUUUGCACAAUAUACACUGGAUAGGUGGUACAGGAUUAGCUUAUCAAAGAUGGUAAGUGUACAUAUUUAACAGCACAUUUUUUAUAUAAAGCAGGAUGAGAGACAAGAGUAACAUAGUGAAGAUUGGAGUAAUCAGUAUAGUAGAAGGUAGGCAGGUAAUAUGCACUAAUGGUAAGUGGACAGGUAAUAACUGUAGAGGGAAACGGGUAACUAAUUUACUAAUAGGGCCCCUCCAAACAGACGGUAGGAAUAGGUGAGGUCGGUAGGUUUAUUGCUGGUAAUCGCUCACAACAGGUAAUCAGUGACACAUCGUUACGGUCAGUCCAUGCCCCUCUAGGGCCCAGAACAGUCCCUCUAUGGAGGUCCCGGCCGUAGGCUCAGGUUUUCCCAGGUAGAGUUGUACAGCCACAGUGUGGAAAUCAGGUGAGUCUCAUGUAGGCAUCAGGCAUUCCCUCGGGGGGCUGUAAAGCCCAGCUUGCUCAAUGCUAAAGGUAUCGGCUCCACGCUGUGCAGCCGUGCACCACUCAGGCCCAGACGCAUUGAAAGUUGUCCUCCUCGUGCACAGUCACUGUUCGCAGGAUUGCAGCGCCAGUUCUCCCAAGGACAGUUUGAGCCUUGCCCUGAGUAACUCAUUGCAGGUUUGCAACUGUGUCUCCGGAGGGGUCAGAGUGACACGUGGCAUCCACCAUCUUGUACAUGCUUGAAUGCCAGCUGCGUGUUCAGCAGGUACACCGCGUGCACUCAGCAAUGAGGGCAGCCUCUAGAGGGUAGACCAGGAUCAACAGUGUUGGUCCAGGGGCAGGGGACGGGGCAUCACACAGCAGCGCAGGUCAGGGGCGGAGAUCGUCCACUUCUCCAUUCCCCCGGACUCACCAAGCCUGCUCACGGUGCUUCAGAAACGUAGACCUCCGGGGACAUCAAACACACUCCAAAGUAAUCCUGAUGGGUUCAGGAGCAUCCUAGAUUUAGUAGGGGUCAGCAAGGAUAUUAUAUUUCUCGUUAAAAUUGUUUUUUAUGAAAGUAUAUGCCAGAGCCCAUACAAGAUGCGUGCGUCCAGCAUGGCAGGCAGGCAGGCAGGCCCCGCCCUUUGAUUAUAUUUUUAAUGCUGAAAUCUGACUUUAAAAGAAUUUGCUUUUGUGUGUUUCUUCCUUCAAUUUUUAUUUAAAUAAAUAGUAUAUUUGAUAAGUGCAUUUCUUUGCUAUAUAAUUUAUCAUAUUUAUUUGUUUUGUCUUUGUAGCCACAAGAUAUUCCUGAUGGACACCGUGCUCCUCCACCUCUGGCCUUGCGUAGUAUAGACACUCAGACACCAGGAGUAAAUGAUCGCGGAAGCAACAACAGCAGUCGCGCUCAGUCUAUUUCACCAGCCUCCUUCAUUACAAUCUCAAAUGAGUUCUGCGAAGAAAGCCCUUGCGCUGUGGAUGACACUCAUACAGAUCCUCGAGACAAAGGUACACUCACCUGUUGUGUCAUACACUUUAUAUGUACUCUUCUUUAGAGAUUGUAAGUUCGACCUUAUCAACCUAUUGUUCAUGUCAAAAUUUGUAAUUUUAUUUAUUGUUAAAGUUCCGUGAAAGAGACACAAGAUAUGCUUCUGCAAAAUAGUUGAGUAAAAGUCCACUAUUUCAACCAAAUGGUCACAAAGAGAUUGGUGCAGCACAGUAUUUUGCCGCACACCCACACAAGGCUUCCAAUGCUAUUGCAUAGGAAAGCAUUGUAUUGGCUUAAAUCAUCUUGAUCUUGAUGUUCUCCGCCAAUGAGGCUGAACAGAAUGUUGGAGACCAGUUCUGUGAGAGACAAAUUAAUUUUUAAAUCGCCUUUUUAACCAAGGCAGCAGGAGCCCGGUCACCUAAACGAUGAGCAGGGCAGUAUAGCGUUAGGAAUACAUAUUUGUAUUCCUAACACUAUAGUGUUUCUUAAAUUAUAUUGUAAUGCACUGAAAAAUAGGAUGUUACUAAAUAAAUGCCAGUAAUAAUAUUCCUUUUGGGAAUGUGUGACAUAAAAGUCUAAGUCAUUUAGUUAAAGUGAAAGUAUGGGGUAAAAAUAACCCCCAUCUUUUUAAAUGCAUUAUAAAGAUAAUAGAAAAUAAAGAAGAUGCAUGUCUGGAAGAUUUCCUUUCAUGCAUAUAUUAAGUGCUUCAUCUGCAGUCAGAACCCUCCAUCAUUAUGUAGACACUCUUAUCCCAUACACUCCUGCAGACCACUUAGGAUGUGUAACUGCCCUGUAAACUGAUAGCAGACAUACCCCAUGUGAUUCAUCCUUUAGCAGCUAUUAAUCCAAUGCGGGACAGUUUUCUCACAGCUGCUCCAUUCCAUGAUAUUAUCCGAAUUGAUAUUGAUCUUGGGUCUAGUGAUAAACAUUAGACAUGUUAAAUGUCACCAUACUGUACGUGAUAAUGCCAAACAAAAGCAUUUGAAUAUCAAGAUCUUACAGUUAGGGAUGUAAUGCCUCUAGUUGCUUGUGCAAAUGUAAAUACUGUCUUUUCUACAUUAAGAUAUUGUAGUGUUGGUGUUUAGAGUAUCUCUGUCAGACAAACUGAUAGCAUCCAAAGCUCUAUGCAUCAUUUUUAGUGACACAAUAUUAUAAAACAGAUUAUAAGCACCAUAUCAACUGAUGCUCAUUGCAAUAAGAAAGUAUCUCUGCAAAUAUGAGUGUAUAACUAAACCAACAAGCAAAAAUCUCUAGAGUUAUUAAACUACCCCUUCUCCAUGGGAAGGCAAAGAAGCAUUUUUACUUACUCCUUGGCUGCCCCAAUCCUAAUUUGUAUGUAUAGAAGCGUGUUCACGCAGUGCGAGUUCCCACCUCCUCUCCCCUGUUCUUAGAAAGCGCCCAAGCUGGAUUGAUCUGAUAAAUAUAUUGAUGAAUCCAUUGGGUGGGAAUUCUAAAGGCACUAUUUUGUACCAGAGUAGUAAUCACAAAGAAAUACUUCUGCAAGUACCAUCAAUGGCAAGAGAAGUGUAGUGAAGUAAAAGUUGUAUAUCCGUAUUUGGCUAGCCCUUUUCUGUCUCAUUUUGUUUCGGAAGAUACACACAUACCGUAUUAAGUUACUAUUACAUUCUUGACCUAGUAAGUUGUGGUUGCUGAAGUCGGUUUUCUUUUCACUAUUUUGUCAUGUUUCAUUUGUUUUUGUUUUAAAACUUGGGGGCUUAUAGUGACAGCUGAUAACAUUUUUGUUUUUAUGUUUCAACCACCCUACUGUAGGGCUGAUUAAUAGAGCAGUGAUUUAUUUUGUUAAAUGCAGAGAAUGGAAACCACUCCCCUCUACCUAAAUAUGCCACUUCUCCAAAGCCAAACAACAGCUACAUGUUCAAACGAGAACCUCCAGAAGGUUGUGAGAGAGUAAAAGUGUUUGAGGAAAGCUCGUAAGUAUAAACAUUUACAUACAUUUUUUUAUUUUAUACAAAUAAUGUCUUAUACUUAACAUGGUAUUUAGAAUUUAAGGCUGUCCGCUCUAGCUAAAUCAUUUAAAUAAUAUCAAAGGAGUUGAUAUCUUAUAUUCAGUUUUGAUAUGUCAUGGUUUUUUAUUUAUUUUUUUGUUUUGUUUUUUUUUGUAAUUGUACUUUAAAGAGUUACUCCAACCAAAAAUGGUGUUUUAUUGAAACACUGUUUUUGGUCAAGAAACUUUUGCUGGCAUGUCUCCCCUCUCCAAAAAGAAAGAGAGCGAAUACACUGCAAUGCCACGAGUUUUCAUUGCAGCCCAAUCCAUCCCUGGUAAUGUCAAACGGCGAGGGGGGCCAUGGUGCAUUGGUCAUCUGUCACCAGCAUAUGUGACCUGACAACAGAUGCCAAAUAUGCACAGAGUUUACAUUAGCCAGCCCAUAACUGCCUGGGAUGGAUUUACACCUUGGGCAGCAAUGUGCUUUGACUGUGCAACGUUUCUAAAUCGCAAAUCGCAAAACCUGACAACAGAUGCCAAAUAUGCACAGAGUUUACAUUAGCCAGCCCAUAACUGCCUGGGAUGGAUUUACACCUUGGGCAGCAAUGUGCUUUGACUGUGCAACGUUUCUAAAUCGCAAAUCUGCACAUACAGACUUCAAGUAUCAAUUUGAGUAAUUAGAAAAGAACUGCAAUUUAUAGAAGUAUAAUGAAAGGCCAACCUUCGUCUUUUCAAAACUUUAUUUUGUAAAGCAUUGUAGACAAGAUAUUUCAGUGUAACGAUUCAUUCGAUACACAUCUGGUUUUCAUUAUAAGAAAUCUUAAUUUUAAGUUGAUGUAGGUUGAUGACCAAAUGUAACAUUCGAUUGAUACUCUCUAGUAUACAAUAUGAUUGUGUAUGUAACCAGAAUUAGAUAAUCAUGCUUGCCAAUAUUUAGUUUAGGACAGAAUGUUUAUUUGCUUUGCAUAGUACUGACAAACGUAAUCAUGAACUCACUUUUUGUCCUUGCUAUGAUCACAGAUACAUUAAAAUAUAUAUAUUCAAUAAUGCACUGUUGUUCAUCACUUACAUAUCCUGACUCAAACCUUGAGAAAAUCUCCCUCAGGUACAGCAGCUAUGAGAGAUUGUUUCCACAAUUUGUUUUCCCAGAAUGCAUUGCGGAAUGUAAAAAUGAGUACAGACAGCUAUGACUUUCUCCAUUUCCUGGCUGCCCUAGGAAUAACAUUAGCAUAAAAAGCUGUGCUUUCAAAUAGAUAAGGAACCUGCAGAAAAUGUAAGUUGGAAAUCUGCUAGCUAUUUGUGCUUCUUUGCAUAUCUAUGUGAAAGCACAAUCUUUCAUAGCCUCUGUGUCUGAAGCAGACUUUUCCUAAGAUAUUUUUUUUUUAAUCCUUUUUUUUUUUUUUUUUUUAAAUCUUACUACGUCUUCAACAAUGCAUAUAAAUAGAGAUUUGAGCAUAUGAACAUCAACAAAGGUAGCUGUGUAGUCGAGAUUCCUUGACAAGGAAACAUAGACUUAUUCUACAGAAGCUAUAACUUGUACAUAGAAACAUAGAAUGUGACGGCAGAUAAGAACCAUUCGGCCCAUCUAGUCCAGGGCCGGUGCUACCUGUAGGGCGACCUAGGCAACCGCCUAGGGUGCACCUUAGCAGGGGGCGCCGGAUCCCUGCACCAGGAAUCACCGGUGCGGCUCCUCAUGCUGCGCCGCCUGAGUGAGCACUUCCCUUCAGUCCGCCGGCGGCCGGGUACAGGAAACACAAGUUCCUGUCCCGCGUUCCGUGCCGCCCGGCCACGCUACAUAGACAGGAGGGAAGAGGAGGGUAAGGACCACCAGGGGAGGGGGGUAUGGACCACCAGGGGAGGGAGGGUAAGGACCACUGGGGGAGGAGAGGGAUGGGGGGAGUAAGGACCAGUGGGGGGGUGGGGGGGGGAAGGACCACUGAGGGGGGUAAGGGCCACUGAGGGAGGAGGGGGGAGGACCAGUGGGGGGGUGGGGGGGGGAAGGACCACUGAGGGGGGUAAGGACCACUGAGGGAGGAGGGGGGAGGUCCACUAAGGGGUUUGGGAGAGGGAGGACCACUAAGGGGGGAAAGGACCACCAAAGGGGGGUAAGUAGGGAGGACCACUAAGGAGAGGGGAGGAGGGUAAGGACCACUAAAGGGGGGUUGGGGGAGAAAGAGGAUAAUGACCACUGAGGGGGUGAGAUUACCACUAAGGGGGUGGGAGGAGGAGGGGAAUGUCUACAAAGGGGUUUGGGAGAGGGAGGACCACUAAGGGGAGGGAUGGAGGACCACUAAGGGGGAGAGCGGGGAGUGAGAAGACCACCAAGGGGGGAUUACAGGGGGCCAAGGGAGAGCACUAAGGGACAGAAGGGGAGAACACGGAGGGAAGGGUAAAUCAAUAAUUGACAGGAGGGGAGAGCACUAUGAAAAAAAUAAAGAGCUGCUCCCCUCUCAGUCCCUAUCCUACUCCACAAACCCUCUCUUUUACACUACACACAUACACAAUGCACCCCUCCCACACACACACACACACAGAAGCAUACAAUGCAUCCCUUACGUUCACACAAACACUCAUUCUCUUACACACAGAAACAAAAUGCAUCUCUUACACAAUCAAUGCACCCCUUACGGACACACACUGCAUUCAAUUAAAUACACAGAAACACACCUUGCACCCCUUACACACACACACACACACACACACACACACACACACACACACACACAGAAACAUACAAUGCAUUCCUUACACGCAAACACACACUGCAUCCCCUAUAAACACACUACAUCCCUUACAGAAAUUGGUAUCCCUAUACACUACAUUCUAUAAGAACACACACACACAUUGCAUCCUCUACAAUAACACAUAAAACAUCCCCUACACACAUACACUCCACUUCCUGUGAGAGAACUCAUGGGUGGGCCAUGUAGCUGGAUUUAUGGGUGGGCAUUGUAGGCAUAUUCGCGGUCAAGCCCUGGGGGCUCAGACCUUAAACUGUGUAAGGGGCCCUAAAAAAUGGAGCUGCUUCCUAUUCGUUAAUUGUUGUGAGCACUGUUAAAAACAGUCUCCAGAGAGCCUCUUCUACACCAGACCUGUGGAGCCAGACAGAGCCCAUCAUUAGCCUCAUCUGGUGGUAAGUAGGCAAUCCAAUAUAUUAUUAGUGGCACUAAUCUCUAAUUUACCUCACAUUAAAUGGAUACUAUAGUCACCAGAAGCACUACAGCAUAAUGUAGUGGUUCUGGUGUCUAUAGCCUGUGCCUGUAGGCUUUUUAAUGUAAACACACUGUCUUUUCAGAUAAAAGACACUUUGUGAAGACUGGCGUUAGCCCAUAUGGCAGAGCAUAUGGGCGGGGAGUUGUGAUGUCACAUGGUGGGCAGGACAUAUGGGGGGGGGGGGCAAAAAAAUUUUAUGCCUAGGGCGGCAAAAAUCCUUGCACCGGCCCUGAUCUAGUCUGCCCAAUUUUCUAAAUACGCUCAUUAGUCCUUGACCUUAUCUUAUAGCUAGGAUAGCCUUAUGCCUAUCCCACACAAUACGUGGUCCUUUGAUGUGUUGCAGAGGUCUGCAAUUUAUGUUUAAGCUCCCUUUCCAGCAUAGUCCUAUUUAAACAAAAAUACUGUAUAUACUCCCCCCCUCCCCCAUGGCUUAUACUCGAGUCACUGUCUGUAUUAUGGCAAAUUACAUUGCUAUAAUACAGACCAGGACUGCCGGGCUCAUUACAAGCCCAGCGGUCCUGUUGGGGGGCCGGAGCAAGCUGUUACUUACUUUUGUAGCAGCUCCCCCGUUCAGCUCACAGUGUAAGUCUCGCGAGACCCGCAGCCGUCAGAGCGUUGCCAUGGGUUACCGUGGCAACUCUCCGCGCGGCACGCAGACUGCGAGACUUACACUGGGAGCUGACCAGAGCUGCUACAAAGGUAAGUAACAGCUUGCUCCCGCCCCCCCUCCUCCUGCACAGCCCACAGACACACACAUACACACUACACACACACUCAUACAAACACACACUCUGCAUUAUACACACACACUCACUCUGCAUUAUACACUCACUCUGCAUUAUACACACACUCCAUUCAUUAUAUACAAACACACACAGUCUGCAUUCAUUAUAUACACACACUCUAAAUAAAUAUUCAAUUAUUGUAAUUUUAUUGGGAUCUAAUUUUAUUUAGAAAUUUACCAGUAGCUGCUGCAUUUCCCACCCUAGGCUUAUACUCAAGUCAAUAAGUUUUCCCAUUUUUUUGUGCUAAAAUUGGGUGUCUCGGCUUAUAUUCGGGUCGACUUCUACUCGAGUAUAUAAGGUAGGUUUAGUGGGGGUAAAAAACGGGUGUCUGAGACCUUUAUGUAUUGAGUGUCACCAAUUUUUGACUAACUCAAGCCAUGGGUAAGUGGUAACUCACAGAGAGCUUGAAAGAUCAUUUACAUUAUACCCAUUCUCCUCACUCAGUGUUUUUAUUUAAAUAUGGAGAAGUUGGACUAAUUAUUAACCCUGUCUGAAAAUAAUUAAAGUGAGAAUUCAAAGUGAAUUUCUCAUUUUAGCCCACAGCACAUGAGCUGACAGCAUAGCUGACUUAGAGAAUCUUUUCAAUAUUUUAACCUUAAAUUUAAAAUUCACAGUGAAUAACUGAGUGCUGAACAGGAUUUUCUUUUAGAUCUUUUGGUAAUUGAUUGUAGAAAUAACUUCCUGUGACAGAGAAUAUGCAUUUCGAACCUAUGAUUUCUUAUUCAACAUGUUGAAUGCUGCAUGAGUUGUUCUUUCUUUUCGCUUUGUUUCUUGAGUAUCCAAGUUGUUUAAAAAAAAUAAAGGUUUGUGCACAUAAAUAAAUAUAUAUUUCUUCUCACAGGCCAAAACCGCUUCAUGAAAUCCCACCUUUCUACUGUCCUGAUAAGAACAAAGUGAAUUUCAUUCCAAAAAGCGGCUCUGCUUUCUGUUUGGUCAGCAUUCUCAAGCCUCUCUUGCCAAAUCAGGAAAUUACCUUUAAGAGCUCCAGCCAUACCCUAACCGUUCCCUCUAGUAUCCCUCAGUCACUGGUUCAGAAUUUCAGCAUGGCGUCAUUAUCAGCGAGCCUUGAACAGGAGCGUAAUACCCGUGGGACCAAUACAUUUUGUUCCCCAAUGUCUCUGCUGCACCCGUCAGGACAAAUUGAUGAAGAAGAGGAUUAG